AUGUGGAAUGGUACGCUGAAUGGAGGUGUCACCUUAUAUGAUUGUCAAGGUUAUCGUCGGCAUCGAAUAUGGGAGCAAAUGUUGGUGUAUAAUUAUCUCGAAUGGGAUAAACGAUUUCGUGUUAAAGAGCUCUGGCCACAAUCAGCUGAUCAAAAUUUAGUUAAUCUGUUGAUAUCAAACAAUCUUAGCAUCACACCUAUCAAACUAAGAGACUAUGUGUUCGUUUUGCCGUGUUCAUGCAACUAUAUGUACCCGCCAGUGAUUGACGAUAAUUUUCGAAGAAGUAUAUGUCCAGUUGAGAUGAGAGUAGGUUCUUCGCCAUUCGGUACCCUUCGCAUGAUUAAUGAUAUCAUUUACGAGAGACUUAAAAAAGUGUUAACAUCCAGAGGUAAGUAUAAUUUAAUUACAGUGACAAAGGCUGAAGCUCGCUCAGCUACCGCCUAUUUGAAGCAGAUGGGAUGGGAGCAAGCCCUAACUCAAACAAGCAAUGCUCAUUUCCAGCGAACUCUUGCUCUUGGACCUACGGUGUAUUUUGGACACUCUGUUAGUGGGUAUAAAAACAAUGAUCAAGUGUUCAACCAAUUGCGUCGACUAUAUUUGAUAUUUGAUGAAAAAUAUUUAAACAAAAUUAAUCCCUGGAACUACAAUAACGAGGAUUGGCUGUACUGA